AUGGCAAAACCAGCGCCAGGUGUCAAUGAGGACAACAUUGAAAGAGCCGAUACUGGCAAUGAAGUCGGGCUUGAAAGUGAGAAGAUGAACGUGCGAGAGGCCCAUGAGGUCUUUAAGAAGUCAGCCGAAGGCGUGGAUUUCAGAACCGUCAGCUGCUUUGUUUCCGCCGUAUUGAUCACGGGCUUCUCUUCGGUCCGUACGUUCUCGCGCUUGGGAUGGCUUACAUGGGUCGGCUUCUUCACAUUCUUCAUUGCAGUCUUUAUCUUCGUUGUAGCUGUCACGCAACAAAGCCGCCCGGCUAUCGCGCCACCAACAGGCGAUUUUGAGCUCGGCUGGACCGCAAUUGCUUAUCCGUCCUUUGCAGCUGGCAUCACUGCGAGUGCGAACAUUUUUAUCAGUGGAAGCGGCUCCAUGAUGUACAUGCCUGUGGUAUCGGAAAUGAAGAACCCUACGGAUUACAGGAAGGCUUGUUUGGUUGCAGGAUUCUUCGUCGGAGUGCUGUAUCUAACUUUCUCGCUUGUCAUUUUCCGAUGGUGCGGAGUUUGGAUUGCAACUCCGGCGUUCGGAAGCGCCGGUGAACUUUUCAAAAAGAUCAGUUAUGGAAUCGCUUUGCCUGGAUUAGUGAUUGGCGUUGGUGAGUCGUGCCCUAUAUGGCAGCUACUGCAAGACGGAACCGAUCAAUAUCUGGUUAUGGUUUCGACGAGACACAAGCUAACUUGUUCAGGUAUAUACCAGCAUGUCGCCGCUAAGCUCAUUUUCAUCAAGUGCGUCACUUAUAAACGCCUCGACCGCGACCUACACUGCAAUCCGCUACCCUCAACCUCGUCCACAGUCACCUCACUUGCUGAAUACCCAGAGCCUACAUUGAGAAUCAUGUCCACGAUUCCAUUGCAUCCGCUUGCGGAGCACGUAUACAACAUGUUGCUUCUGAACGAAGAUGCCAGCAAGCAGAUGAUCGAAAGCAGAAUCCAGGGUCUCAAAAUCAUGUCCAACAACAUUCAUUUCCUAGCCCGCACCCACGGCGGUAUCGACGCUCGCCCUGACCAGAUUUCGAUCACAAACACUAUCAUUCGCACCGGGGAGGUUCAAAUGCAUCGCAUUGUCGUUGUCUUCCACUGGGAAGAUGGGACAUUCAAGAGGCUUGUUGACGCAGCCGGUAAUGUCGACGGAGUGGAGUCCGCUAACGAUGUCCUUGCAAGACUCCUGUCUGAUGCGGUGAAUAAGGGCCUGUGA